AGCACACAUUCUCUUCUUCUCCUUCUUCUUCUUCUUCUUCUUCUUCUUCAAUUCUUCGUGGCCUCUUUCUUGGUUUCUCUCUGCAAUUUGGUUCCUUCUUUCUUUUUUUCCAAUCUCUUUAAACUUAGAAGAGAGACUUAUAAAACAGAGCACUCUGUACUCUGUUAUUAACCCCUCUGUUUUGUCUUCAAUUCUAGCUUAUUCCUUUUAAGAAUUUAAGGUAUUAUUUCAGUACCUUGUUUCCUCAAAUGGGUCUGCUUUAAUUCUUGAUUCAUUCCAUCUUGUUUGGUACUUUCUUUAGUUUGAAAAACAGAAAGAUUUUUAUUUUGUUUUCUAGGGACAUUAGAGCCAAGAUGACGAACCAAAAUGUGGUAGUGUCUGAUCCAAAAACCACCAUCAACUUGGCUACUACAGUUCACGUGUCUAACUCCUCUAUCUUCCCUACCGCCGCACAGAAACCCCCAGCUGCGCCUGGUGGUUACAUAUCCAUUUCACGAAAGAAACUUCUCAACCAUCUUGAAAUCAAUGAAGUAGCAAGGAUUAACGCCUGGGUUGAUUCAAUGAGAGCCUCAUCUCCUACCCACAUCAAGUCCACGCCCUCCAUCACUGAUGACCAAGGCUCGUGGAUUCUCCGCCAGCCAUCUGCCUUGGACAUGUUUGAGCAGAUAAUUGAUGCAUCAAAAGGGAAGCAAAUAGUGAUGUUUUUGGACUACGAUGGUACCCUUUCUCCCAUUGUCGAUGACCCAGAUCGAGCUUUCAUGUCCAAGAAGAUGAGAGCAACUGUGAGGAAGCUCGCGAGGUGUUGCCCUACUGCAAUAGUGAGUGGAAGAUGCAGAGACAAGGUGUAUAACUUUGUACGAUUAGCAGAACUGUACUAUGCUGGAAGCCAUGGCAUGGACAUUAAAGGACCAGCAAAAGGCUCCAAAUACAAGAAAGAAAGUGAAGCUCUCAUCUUCCAGCCUGCAAGUGAAUUUCUACCCAUGAUCGACGAGGUUUACAAGGAAUUGGUAGAGAAAACAAAAUCAACUCCAGGAGCAAAGGUGGAGAACAAUAAGUUUUGUUUGUCAGUCCAUUUUCGGUGUGUUGAUGAAAAGAAAUGGAGUGAACUGGGCCAAGUGGUUAGGUCAGUCCUGAAGGACUACCCAAAGCUGAGACUUACUCAAGGGAGGAAGGUAUUGGAAAUUCGUCCUACUAUCAAAUGGGACAAAGGCAAGGCUCUUGAAUUUUUGUUAGAGUACCUUGGAUUUACCAAUUGUACUGAUGUUUUCCCUGUUUAUAUUGGAGAUGAUCAAACAGAUGAAGAUGCAUUCAAGGUAUUAAGAGAAAGAGGACAGGGUUUUGGCAUCCUAGUCUCUGGGAUUCCCAAGGACACAAAUGCUUCAUAUUAUCUUCAGGAGCCCACCCAGGUCAUGGAUUUUUUGCAACGUUUGGUAGAGUGGAAACGAGUAUCCAUGCAACGCAGCCGAUGAGCCCAGGAUAUGAAGAAUAAAGAGUAGAUGAUGAUAUGAUAAUUUAUAUAUAUAUAUAUAUAUUUGUACCCACCAUUUCAAGAAAUGCAAUUAAGGGUGGGAUCAGAUACAAUGUAAUUUUCUUGUUAAUGGUUUAAACAACCGGGCAAGAAAAAUAGAUCCAUGAAAGAAAAAUAGGUCAACUCUUUCUUGGCUUCAAGGCCUUGUACAUCUUGUAACUACGCUACCUGAGUACAAGGAGUUAAAUACUUGUAAUUUUUCAAGUUGGCUAAAUGGAUAGAGAAGUUUUACUUUCUCUCUUUAAUCA